AUGGCGAACCAAAUAAGCGUAUGCCCUCUUAUGGUCGGGAAGAGAACGACCGAGUUCAUCAAACCCUCGAACCAACCGCAUUACGAAACUCUCUCCCUCUCCACAUUAGAUAACGACCCUCGCAACGAAAUUAUGUACUGUACCAUUUACGUUUACGACGCCGAGAGAAACGCGGCUAGAAUCCAUCAUCAUGAUGACCACCCUGAAUCCCUUCUUAAGGAUGCUUUGUCGAAUCUACUCGUCCACUACUACCCACUCUCGGGCAAGUUGAACAGGCGAAAACGCGACGGGAAACUUCAGCUCAGAUGUAACGGCGCUGAGGGCGUGCCCUUUACCGUCGCUACGUCAAAUCUCGACCUCUCUUCUCUCGGCUACCUAGAGAACGUCGGUUUCGAUACCGCGUCUUUGCUCUUGCCCCAAAUCGAUGAUGAGAACUAUGAUAGGGAGAUUGGUUACUACCCUUUGGCUUUGCAGAUAACCAAAUUCCCGUGCGGAGGAUUCACAAUUGGGACAGCACUGACGCAUGCGGUGUGCGAUGGAUUUGGGGUGGCUCGUUUCAUCAGUAGCUUGAUGGAGUUGGCGGCCGGAAAGAGUGAGCCGACAGUGGUGCCGACAUGGGAGAGAGACCUGCUCGUCGGUAUUCCAGAUGACCGACCAGUGGAAAUCCCCGGAGCCGACAAAGCUUGUCGUUUAGCUGUUUCUCAUUAUAUGCCAACUAAAGACAUGAUCAGUGAAGCGGUAAAUGUAAAACCUGAAGACAUAAAGAGGUUGAAAGAAGAUUUACUGAGAGAAUCUGACUUUUCGGGUCAGAUUCUGACAACUUUCGAAGUCCUAGGAGCUUACAUUUGGAGGUCAAGAAUUCGUGCCCUAAAGCUAAACCCCGAUGGAAUCGUUGUCCUCGGCUUAGCUGUGGCAAUAAGACGUGCCGUGGAUCCGCCAUUGCCUGAUGGGUACUACGGUAACGCAUGCAUGGACAUGCACGUCGAGUUAACAGCAAGAGAGGUGGACGAAACACCAAUCUCCGAGAUCGUAAAACUUGUAAAGGAAGCAAAGAUCAAAGCCCAUGACAAGGAGUACAUCGCCGAGCAGUUACGCAACACGGAGAAGCUUACUCGGAUGGGCGAGCAGUUCGAAGGAAGACGUGACGGGCUGUUCUUCUUGACGGACUGGAGGAACAUAGGCUGGUUCGGAUCGAUGGAUUUCGGAUGGGGAGAGCCGGUGAAUCUGUUGCCGGUCGUGCCUCCGGACAGAGCCGCGGAUCUCGGCAUGCUUCUCGGACCGUGCAAGUUAGAUCAGAAGAUGGUCGGGGGAGUUAAGGUGGUAAUGACACUGCCGAGAGAUGCAAUGCCCAAGUUCAAGGAAGAGAUGGAGGCUCUGGACAAAAUCGGAGAGACUUAGUUUAAUUGGUUUCACCUUGAUAUCCGAUUUUUAAAAAAUGUGAUCGGUUCGAAUUUUCACGUAGUUGAUGGGGAUCAUAUUCAUGUAAUCGCUCUAUGUGUUGUGUUCUGUAUGGAAUAUGUG